AUGAAGAAUCUCGUAUCUGCCAUCUUGUCGGUGUCUCCUCUCUUGGCAAGCCACGUUGGCGCCUUGGUACUCGGUCAGUCGGCUGCAGCGUCCCCACGGAGCCUGAACUUGACACAGCUCAAUGUCGCUGCAAAGAGCGCCAUCGGGAGUCUCACCAGAAUGCCAGCCUGGACCACGGGUUGGGACUGGGACCAGGGUACUGGGCUCUACGGUAUCUGGAAGCACUAUGAGGCGACCAAGGAUGCCCAGUCGCUCGAAGAGCUGGAGACCUGGUUCGACAGGGCCCUCCCCCGAGGCGUGCGGAAGCACGUCAACAGCAUGGCCGCCAUCACUGCCCUGGUCGAGACAUACAAUAUCACCCGCAACCCGUCCUACCUGCCCGUGAUUGAGGACUGGGGAUAUUGGGCCAUGUACAACCUGACCAGGACCCCGGACGGCGGCUGGCACCUCACGACCGAGCCCCAUGACGGGGAAAUGUGGAUUGACACCCUGAUGAUGGCGGCUCUGCCAUUGGCCAAGAUUGGUGUGUUGACCAACAAGCCCGAGUACAAGACGGAGGCCAUUUUCCAGUUUCGAAACCACGUCAAGUGGAUCUUCGACUCUCCGAACAAUUUGUACUUCCAUGCGUACACUUUCAACGACAAGAACAACUUCGGAGCUAUCCACUGGGCGCGCGGAAAUGCCUGGGGCCUGAUCGCCGCCGUGGAAUUGCCCGACUACUUGGGCCUGCCCCCGACGGAUCCUGAUGCCAUUUACUUCCGCAGCAUAUUGACACGACAGCUGGCAGCUCUAGCUGACCUACAGGACCCCUCCGGCCUUUGGCGUACAGUCCUGGACAAACCCAUCAGCGACGGUUCGUACCUCGAGACCUCGGCUGCAGCGGGCUUUGCCUUCUCGUACUUGAAGGCUCAGCGUCUGGGGUAUAUCGGGGCAGAGUAUCAGCCCUUGGCAUACAAGUCUCUGCAAGCUGUACUGUCGCAGAUAGCACCAGAUGGGCUUGUACGAAAUGUCAGCGCCGGGACUGGUGUGGGAGAAGAUGCCCAGCAUUAUUAUGACAUCUCGAGGAUCCAAACAAUGUGGGGACAGUCACUAGCUAUCUCAGCACUUAGCGAGGCCCUUCAGCUCUAUAGCGAAGAUUGUUAA